UCACUACACAAAAACGACGCGUACUAGGUUAGGUUUUGCGUUGACGAAACUAUUUUAACUUAGACGGCAUAGUUUAUAAAAAUGCCUGAAUUAGAGAAGCGGAAAGCGGAUGACUUUUCAGUCGUCCCAGCUAAAAAGACCCGACAUGAAAUAACAGUGGUCGGAACAAGAGAAAAAGCUGUGGUUACUUCAUCGGUACCACGUACAUCGAAUCUCUAUGCACCUAUUAUGUUGCUGGAGGGUCACCAGGGAGAGAUAUUUACCGCCAGAUUCCACCCUGAAGGCAAACACUUAGCGUCCGCUGGAUUUGAUAGACAAAUCUUUGUAUGGAAUGUCUACGGACAAUGCGAGAACAUAAUGGUGAUGAAAGGCCAUACGGGCGCCAUCAUGGAGGUCAACUUCUCUCCGGACGGCUCACACUUAUACUCCUGUGCUACGGACAACACGGUGGCCGUGUGGGACGUCCCGACCGGCACUAGGAUUAAGAAGCUGAAGGGGCAUGCUAACUUUGUUAACUCUGUGUCAGGAGCCCGACGCGGUCCCGAGCUCAUAGUCUCCGCCUCAGAUGACAACACCAUCAAACUGUGGGACGCCAGAAAAAGGAACCCCGUCGCCUCCUUCGACAGCGAGUACCCGGUCACAGCGGUCCUUUUCAACGACACAGCCGAGAAAGUCAUAUCGGGUGGCGUUGAUAAUGUGGUCAAAGUGUGGGAUAUUAGAACUAACAAGAUUUCGUAUAAGAUUAAAGGACAUACUGAUACUAUUACAGGUCUGGCCCUCUCGUACGACGGUUCGUACCUGCUGUCGAACGCCAUGGACAGCACGCUGCGCAUCUGGGACGUGCGCGCGUUCGCGCCCAGCGAGCGCUGCGUCAAGCUGCUGGCCGGACACCACCACAACUUCGAGCGGAACCUGCUGCGCUGCGCCUGGUCCCCGGACGGCUCCAAGGUGACGGCGGGUUCCUCGGACCGCUUCGUGCACGUGUGGGACACGACGUCGCGGCGCGUGCUGUACAAGCUGCCGGGGCACCGCGGCGCCGUCGCCGACGCCCGCUUCCACCCCCGCGAGCCCGUCCUGCUGUCCGCCAGCAGCGACAAGCUGCUCUACCUCGGAGAGAUCGAACCAUAG